AUGUCCACUAUGUCAACACAUCCAUUAUUGAUAGUCCUCCUCAUCGCUUGCUUAAUCUUCGUCACUGAUGCAUGCUUGGUCUGCGGUUAUGAUGGAAGACAAUAUAAUCCCGAAAACCCUGCUUCCACUGCUGCCGGUUUUUGUGCAGGCGUAGCUAUAGCGACGAAUUGUGAGGCAAAGGAAUGGAACACACACUUUUAUGCCGACCAAUGGGGUGAAAACACCUUGUGCCGUUUGAAAUGUGACCAACCUUCGACGUGUGCAGAGGAAUACACCAAUAAAGAUCCAAAUGGUGUUGCCGGUCAAAAACAGUACAAAACCCUGAUCGGACAGGUGGAAAUGGGUUGUAAUCUAUGGCCUGUCCACAGAGAGUCGCUGAUUCACGCCUAG